GAGUGCCUCACGCUUUUUCUUCUUCUUCUUUUUUUUUUUUCCUCAAACUGCAUCCGCAUAAUAUUAACAGUUUUGCAAAAAUCUACGCUUCUUUUUUUUUUAAGCUUGAAAGUGAGGUAACCUAGAUAUUUAUAGGCCGUUACAGAGACAGACCGCGCUCAUAUACAACACCAGCACGUUUCAGCGCGAUCUGCGGCAUCAUCAUCAGCAUCAGCAUCAGCAUCAGCAUCAUCAGCACCAUCAUCAGGUGGAGGCUGCUGGAACUCAGCAGACACACGCGAUGCUCGUAAUAGCGGGAGCUGUUGAAUGAGGACGCGGCAUACACCGGGACUGCUCGGUGUUCCCUUUUUUUUUUCUUUCUCCCAGACGAGCCGCACACUCGGAGGGACAUGACAGCCGGGCGGUUAAGGCAGCAUCCCGGGCUGGAGGAGUAAAUGGGACUGCACGUCAUCCCAGCGUUAGAAAGAUGGAGCGAUUAAUUCUGCUCGUUCUCAGCUGUGUCGGUGUCUCGCAAGUCUCGGCGGAUGGCUUGUCCCCUCCUGUCAAUGUUACCAUCAAAGCGGUGAAAGCAAACUCUGCUGUGGUGACAUGGGACAUCCCCGAUGGAGAUCCCGUCAUUGGCUUUGCCAUUACACAGCAGAAAAAAGACGUGCAUAUGCUACGAUUCAUCCAGGAAGUGAACACCACCACACGCUCCUGCGCAUUGUGGGACUUGGAGGAGGAGACCGACUACAUCAUCCAUGUCCAGUCCAUCAGCAUGUUUGGAACGAGCCCACAAAGCGAGCCUUUACGCUUCCGAACACCAAAGGAGGUCGAGACUCAGGGUUCUAAGAACAAAGACGAAGUAACAAUGGAGGACCAACUGAGGGCGGGUGAACUCAUCAUAAUCGUUGUGGUGCUCAUCAUGUGGGCAGGCGUGAUCGCUCUCUUCUGCCGUCAGUAUGACAUCAUCAAAGACAACGAACCCAACAACAACAAGGACAAAGCCAAAAACUCCUCAGAGUGCAGUACUCCUGAACACCCAACAGGGGGGCUGUUGCGCAGUAAGUUCUCCAAGAACAAUAGGAUGCCAUCUGUCAACAUCAUUGAAGUGUGACUGUCUUCUCCAAAUGCUAAAGACUUUGUGUCCUCACAAAUAAGCGGGUCCUUUGAAGCAAAUCUGCCUUUCAGAAUGCGCCGCUUAAAUCUCAUUUUGCUGUGGGCCGGCCAGUGAAGCAAAGCUCGCAGGCACCUUGGGAUCCAGGAAUGACUUGGCCAGUGCCAAGGAUAGGAGAUGCUACGGUGGAGAGACUGUGGUGAGAGUUGAGCGAAUGGAUCGGCCAUGCUUAACAACCAAUGUACCAUGGGGGGACAGAGAUUAGGGCCGAAUGCUCCUGGCAGUGAACGGACUGCUGAUAAAUCAACCCCAGGGAUCAAAGUCGAUGAACAGAACCGGAGACCUUUUCAGCCACUCUCCCGCUUUCAUCUUUUAGUGGGUGGUACCAAUUGUGUCUAAUUGUUCCUCUGUGGUGUGAUUAUAAUCUCAUCCUCUUGGUGUUGUUUUUUCCUUACAUGCUUUAGUCAAAUUUUCCUAUAAGUGACGGUGAAUAAUUUAUCAUAUAACUGUAGUUUUGUUACAGAAGGUACUGCCAGUACGUUUCUGUCGCUCUGGUACUUUUUACACCCCACCAAAGCAGAAAGUUUUGUCGUCCAGUGGGAAAUAUUUUCCAUCUGGCGAGCUUGUUUUCCCCCCUCAGGGAAUAUAGACUCCACCUGACAGAUUUAAAAGUGAUUUCUAAAAAUGAGCUGUUCUAACGCCAUAGCAGCUUGGUUCAGUGUCUCAUUCGCUCGUGUUUUCACCUUGACUCUCUCUCAUGCUUUUAAUGUAUUCUAUUCUUUGCAUUCCACAUCUAAAAUGGGCUGUAUUUUAGAGUGUUCAGUGCUCUGGGUAAAACAAGAAGGACUUGACCCAGAGUGCCUCAUCUAAAUAAUGUAUUUUCAAUGGGGCUUGCAUACGUCUACAGAGAAGUGGCCUUUGCAGAAACAAUAGAGGAUAUUCCUUAAGCAAUAACAGCCCUGACUGACGCGAGGACUACUUUAUGUGCCAUGAGGUCACAUUCUGUAAAAAAAAAAAAAAAAAAAAAAAAAAAAAGACAAACAAA